AUGCUCGCAUUAUUUUUCCCCAUGCUGGUCUCCAAAAUGUGGUCAGUUUCCUCCAAGAAACUCUUCAAAAGCCUCCAAUUCUUUCGAUUGCAGUCUGUCCCAUUGCUUGGCCAUGUCACCCCUUAUUUCUCCGAUUUGGGUUUCGAGGACCUGAGCCCCGAUAUGGGAUGCAAUUAUACUGCAAAAGCUUCAAGCAAUUCACCAAUGAAAGGAGGAGUGUCAGAGUUGUUGGGGGUGAUUGCGGAAGAGUUGAGGGCCGGCGGGCCUCGCAUUCUGCUCUGGGCCAUUGAUUCUCUUAUCAAGAGGUUGGUUGGGAGUGGGAGGGUCGAUACGGUUGUUGCUGUUUAUAAGCAAUUGAAGACAAUCAGGCUUAACCCGAAUGUGUAUACUUAUGCUAUCAUGAUUACCGCAUACUAUUGGAACAAUUGUUUUGAAGAAGCUGAAAAUGUGUUGAGUGAGAUGGAAGCAGCUGGGGUUGAGCCUGAUUCUUUUAUGUACUUUGCUUAUCUUGAAGGGCUCUGCAUGAACGGAUUGACCGAUUCUGGCUACAAGGUUUUACAGUCUUGCAAAGCUGGAAAUGUCCCUAUUGAUGCUUAUUCUUACACUACUGUGAUUCAGGAUUUUGUUAAUGAAAAGAAGCUGAGGGAGGUUGUGAAAGUUUUGCUCGACAUGGAAGAAUACGAGAUGAUUCCCAGUGAGGCUAACUACCUUAAUCAGUUCAGUGAGUUUGAAAAGUUGGGCAAACUUUUCAUCUAUCUUGAUAAAGUUACGUACAAUGUUGUUAUUGACUGUUCUUGUAAAAUGGGCUGGUUAGACGAGGCCCUAAUUUUGUUUGAUGAGAUGAGGAAACGAACAAAAGCGGUCUUAAGAGCUGACAUUAUUAUUUAUAAUGUCCAUGUCGUUGGAAUUCUUGUUUGCAACUACUUAGCUCCCUCUGUGUGGAAAGGCGAAUUCGAGAAAGCCAUCACGCUACUUGAGAUAUUACUUUCUAUUGGUGAUGGCCCUACUAAGACGAUGUACCUCAAGCUUAUUGCCGCUCUUUGUGGUGCUGCCUUUGACCACAUGGUCAGCAGAGGGCUUGUUCCAGAUGUAGUUAUCUACACCAUAAUGAUGAACGACUAUUGCCGGGUGAAUCACCUGCAGGAAGCCCUUGAUCUUUUUACGACAUGA